UGACGACUGGUUAUAUAGUGCUCCUGGAGCAUAGUAAGAAGAUAUUUUAGGGUGUUGUGAUUGAUGAAGAAAACAGAAUUCAUGAUUUGAUUUUAUAUUGAGUAAUUGAGAAUACGAUAUAUGAUGAUUAAUAAAUGAGUAUGAAACCAUGGUGACGGGUUGAAUAAUUUUUCCGGGAUGAUAUGUAUGUUUUGAGAGUGGUUUGUUGUCCAAAAAAUGGUCUUUAUUGCAUGGUAGGGGUGUUCUUUUAAUUCAUUCAAUUCAAGUCAUGCGAAUGAUACCCUGUUCAAAAUUUCUGCUACUGAACUAGUCUUGUUCAAUUAUAGCCCUACCCAUUGCUUGCUAAUAAGCCAUGAGAAUACAUUGAACGAUGGCGGAGGAGGAUGCUCUCUAGGAUUACGAAGUUGUGCUACAGUUCACUCGUUGUUACUCAACCCAUAAACCACUAUUCAUCCACUCCUCACGGAACUCACAUUCUUCGUCUGUUAAAUCUCUGCCGCCGAGUAGUCGAAGACUUGAAGCCACUCAAAUCUCUCCUUCUCGUGCACGGCCUAAUCGACCACCAACCACUGAUUGUAGAAUUUUUCAGGCGUUGUUUUGAUCUGGGUUCUCCCGAAUUAGUUCUCUCUGCUUUUGCUGUAAUCGAAAAGCCUAGUGUGUUCUUGCAGAAUUCAACUGUUAGGUCUCUGUGUAAUGUUGGGUUAUUCGAAGACGCCUUGUCUGUCUAUAAAAAAUGUCGAAUUUCGGGAUGCCCUUCUGAUAAUUUUACGUUUCCUUUUGUGAUCAAGGCGUGUUCUGCUCUGGGUGCUCUUCAGAUUGGUAAAGGGUUACACUGUUCUGUGUUGAGAAAUGGAUUUGGAGACAAUCUUGUUGUGCAGACAGCUCUUGUUGAUUUGUACGCCAAAUGUGAUCAAAUGGGGAGUGCACGUCGACUGCUCGAUAGAAUUUCUCAACCGGACUUGGUUCCAUGGAAUGCAUUGAUUUCUGGGUAUUCUUUGAAUGGGCUCAAUGAGGAGGUCUUUCAUGUUUUCCAGGAGAUCUGUGCGAUGGGUUUCAAGCCUAAUGUGAGCACUUUGGCCAGCACAAUUCCAGUGUGCACCCGUUUGGGAUAUCUGCAUAUGGGUAAAUCUCUUCAUGGAUUUGCUGUAAAGUUAGGAUAUUUUUUGGAUGAAUAUUUGAUAGCUGCUUUGAUCUUGAUGUAUGCCGGUGGUGGGGACUUUGAUGUUGGUAGGAAAUUGUUUGAUUGUUUACUGGAAAAGAAUGUUACCAUCUGGAAUGCCAUGAUCUCUGCAUAUACACAAAACCAGAAACCCAAUGAGGCAUUUGCAUUGUUUAAGCAAAUGCUCCAAGCAAAUGUGCAACCUAAUAUGAUAACUUUUCUGUCCAUCAUUCCUUCUUGUGAGUGCUUUGGUUGCAUUUUGUAUGGUGAAUCACUACACACGUGUGCAGUAAAAUAUGGGUUAGUUGACCAACUUCCUGUAAUGACAGCCAUAUUAUCAAUUUAUGCCAAGCUUGGAGAUAUGGGUUCAGCUGAGUUUCUUUUCAAUCAAAUGCCAGUGCAAAAUCUCCUGUCGUGGAAUUCAUUGGUUUCUGCAUACGUGCACAAUAGACAUUGGGAUGUUAGUUUGGAUGCAUUCCGUGAAAUGCAGCUUGCGGGGUUUAAUCCUGAUGCAGUCUCUAUCGUUUGUGUUCUUUCUGCCUGCUCUGAGCUAGAGGCCAUUUUACCCGGUAAAUCUGCCCAUGCAUAUAGUCUUAAAAACGGAUUUGAUUUUAACCUCAAUGUGUCGAACACACUCUUGGCAUUUUACUCCAACUGCUAUCAGCUUUUUUCUUCUUUUAAGCUAUUCCGUAAAAUGGGUGUAAGAAAUGCCAUUUCAUGGAAUACAUUGAUAUCUGGAUGUGUGCACAAUGGAGAAGCAAGAAAUGCAGUUGCUCUUCUUGACCAGAUGCAACGAGAGGGGAUGGACUUCGAUUUGGUUACCCUGGUAAGUGUUCUUCCCUGUUAUUGUGGACCUGAAAAUUUGGUGCAAGGAAUGGGUAUUCAUGGUCGUGCAAUCAAAAUGGGGUUUGCGUCCGUUGUUUCUUUAGCUAAUGCACUUAUCAGCAUGUACUUCAACUGUGGAGAAUUUCAUGGUGGCAAGUUACUUUUUGAUAGCAUGCUUAAUAAGAGUAUGGUUUCUUGGAAUGCAUUGAUCACAGGCUAUCGAUAUAACAACUUACAUGAUGAUGUCAUGCUGUUGUUUUGCCAAAUGAUAAAGGAGGAUCAGAAACCAAACGAUGUAACCUUGCUGAAUAUAUUACCUGUAUGCUAUACCCCGUUGCAAGGAAAGUCUAUUCAUGCUUAUGCAGCUAGGACAGGGAUUGCAAUGGUAGCUUCUCUUCUUACAUCUCUUAUAUUCAUGUAUGCUAGAUUUGGAAAUAUGAAUUAUUGUCUCUUGCUGUUUGAAAUGGGGGAGAAAAGGAAUAUUUCUUUGUGGAACACUAUUGUUUCUGCUCAUGUACAAACAAAAAAUGCAAAAAAAGCAAUUGCUUUCUUCAGCCAAUUGCUUCACACAGAAAUGGAACCUGACUACAUGACAGUUUUGAGCUUAAUUUCAGCUUGCGUUCAGAUAAACAACCCAAAUCUCACAAACUGUGUAAUGUCUUAUGUGAUACACAAGGGAUUCAACAAAGAUGUGGCUGUCGUUAAUGCCCUGAUUGAUUUGUAUGCAAAAUGUGGGAACAUCUCAAUUGCAAGGAAGCUAUUUGAUGGUCUACUUGAAAAGGAUGUGGUCUCCUGGAGUGUGAUGAUCAAUGGGCAUGGUUUGCACGGUGAUGGUGAAGCAGCCCUCGCACUUGUCUCACAAAUGGAACUUAAGGGUAUGAAGCCUGACGACAUUACUUAUGUCAGUAUUUUAUCAGCUUGCAGUCAUGCUGGUUUUGUUGAGCAAGGCCGGAUGUUUUUCAAUUCUAUGAUAGAAAAUGGGAUAGUACCGAGGAUGGAACACUAUGCUUGCAUGGUGGACCUUUUUGGGAGAACCGGUCACUUGAACGAGGCUUAUGACAUGGUUACGAAGUUGCCCCAUAAACCUUCUUUAAGCCUGUUAGAGUCUUUGUUGGGUGCUUGUAUAAUCCAUGGAAAUCUUCAAAUAGGGGAGGAAAUUGGAAGGUUGCUCCUUGAAAUGGACCCUGAAAAUCCUGGAUCAUAUGUGAUGUUAUACAAUGUUUAUGCAGCGGCUGGAAGGUGGACAGAUGCGAAUAAAGUGAGGUCGGACAUGGAAGAGAGACAAUUGAGGAAAGUGCCAGGUUGCAGUCUUGUUGAGGGAUGGUAAAUGGUUGUCAUGAAGGGUUCUGGAGGCAAAUGAGCAUCAAAAUUUGAAUUUUGAAGUUUACUCGUGCUAGAUUGCUCACAUUAGAAUGAGAAAUCACGAUAGCAUAAAGCCUUUCUUCAAUCAGAACAGCAAGGAAAAUUCUAUCAUACUAGAAUGUGGUUCUCAGGUAUGGUACAUGAAUAAUUGGAUUUGGAUUUGGAUAAGACACUAUCUUGAAAUAAUUAAUAUUUGGUCGGAAAACCAAGGUAAAUUCUCACAAACAAAGUAGUUUUGAGUAUUUUAAAUAAAAUAUUUGUAAAAUUAGCUUACUAUUGCAACACGGCAUAUUUAUUAUUUACUAUGAGAGAAGUUAUUAUUUUAUAAACUCAUAUUUACUAUUCAAAAUGACACC